CGUUUCCAAGAGUCCCAAAAGGAGUUCAUAAAUAAAUUUCGCAAGAAACCAGAUAGAAGAAGAAAGAAGAGAAACACAAAGCUCGAUUCGCAGCAAUGGAGGAGCUACUCGUAGCGGUACUCUCAAUGUUUCUCGUCGUAGCUUUGAUCCCACUCUACCUAUGGAAACGCCGUCAGGAUUCUCAGCCUCCACCUCACCACGACGAACCUCCCCAGGCUCCGCGGAGAGAAGCCGUUGUGCGCACCACUGCCACUCGUCGUAUGCGUCGCCGGCCUGCUGCGUCUGGAGCUAGCACGUCGGCAGAUCCGCCUGCGACGGUAGAAGAAUCUGAUGGUGAGAGUGACGAUGAAGCUGCUGGUGGAGGGUAUUAUGAGGCCAAAGCAUCAAAGAAAAAGGAAACCAAAAGGCAAGAGAGGGAAGCACAGCGUCAGGCUGAUGAAGCUGCACGAGAGUCAAAGCAGGCAAAACAAGAUCGUUAUUCAGAAAUGCGGAGGUUGAAGGAUGAGGAGCGUGAGGCACAAGAGCGUAUGUUGGAAGAGGAAGCGAAAGCUCAGAAAGCUAAGGAGGAGGAGGCUGCUGCAUUGGAGUUUGAGAAGUGGAAAGGUGAAUUUUCAGUUGAUGAGGAAGGUACCCUUGAAGAAGCGCAGGAUAGUGCUGAAGACUUGCUAACCAAUUUUGUUGAAUAUAUAAAGAAGCACAAAUGUGUUCCCUUAGAAGAACUUGCUGCAGAAUUUAAAUUGCGAACACAGGAAUGUAUCAAUCGUAUCACAUCCCUGGAAAGCAUGGGUCGGCUUUCAGGUGUUAUGGAUGACAGAGGGAAAUUUAUUUACAUCUCCCAAGAAGAGAUGAAAGCAGUUGCUGAUUAUAUUAAGCGGCAAGGGAGGGUCAGCAUUUCUCACUUAGCAAGUAAAUCAAACCAGUUCAUUGAUUUAGAGCCUAAAGUUCAGUACACUGACGACAUUAAUAUUGGGGAGGAGAUAACUGUCAACUGAGGUAUUUUUUUACUUAAUGAGUGUGGGGAAACUGGUUAUGUACAUAAGAAAAAAGCAGCAAUGAUCUGGUUAGCCUAGGGUUUGAUUACAUGACUUUGAACAGCUUUAGUAUAACGGCAAUUUCAGAGUUUUUUUUUUUUUCGUGCCGAAAGUAAACCAUAUAAUAUAGAAAGAUCGUAUUUCUAGAGGCAGAUCUACGUGUCUGAAGAUGAAAUUCUCCCCAACUUUCGAAAUUGUAUUACAUUUUGUUUGACUUUGUAACAAUUUUAGCAUUACCUGCAGACUCUCAACAAUUUUAGCA